ACAAAGAACUCGAUUCAUCCCAUUAUGAUGUAAUCACUACACAUGAAAUGGGAUUUCGCUGAUUCCAUGAAGGACACAGACACACAAAUGCAUCCCUCAGUGUUUUGAGUUUACAUGUAGGAAACAAUAGCUAAACCUCGGUCUAUCUCUUGUGUGUUUUCCCCCCAUUCAGACAGGCGCCAUAUGCACGCCUCCACCAGAUGACCCACUUCGCACCGGACUGCCUCCACCCGCAGUUCAUCGCAGGCUUCUAAACGUCUCUAAAGUCUAAAACUCGUGCGCAGGCAACCCGCUCUCGGGACUAAUCGUGCAUCUCAACCGGGGGAACAUGUAGACAUGGAUUUCAUCAAGCUGUUUGGCGCCGUUAUCGCCUUCUGCUUCCACCCGGGAUCCGCGUCUAAAGUCAACGGCCAAAGGAUCUGUCGCCGCGGGACAGAGCGUCCUUGCUACACGGUGUCCUACGUCCAGGACACCAGGCGGCGGCUGACCUUUGACGACGCCAGGCAGGCCUGCCGGUCGGAUGGAGGCGACUUGCUCAGCAUUGAAACAGAAAGUGAGCAGAGACUGAUGGAGAGGUUCAUACAACAGCUGCAGCCCGGAGACGGAGACUUCUGGAUCGGGCUGCGCCGAAGCCCGCGGCUCGACAGGGCAGGGACCGCAACCCCAGGCUGCCCAUCGCAGUACUAUUGGCUGGAUGGAAGCAAGGCCAAGUUCAGGAACUGGCUUUGGGAUGAGCCAUCGUGUGGUGUUGAAAUGUGUGUGGUUCUGUACCACCAGCCGUCUGCACCACCCGACGAAGAAGGUCGUUUCCUUUUCCACUGGAACGAUGACAAAUGUAACUCCAAGAACAACUUUGUCUGCAAAUAUCCAAAAGAAAAACAACCUGUAUUUACUAAGAAAGGGAACGAGGCACAUACAGUUCCAUCUGUAAGGCCGAAUGGGUUCUCAACCACAGAGAGUGACGGGAGGACGAAAAUGGGACUACCUGAGUCAUCAGUAUCACUCUCAGACAACAACCUGCAUGUUUCCUACAUCCUCUAUGCAACUAUUCCGGCUCUGCUGCUGCUGCUGUUUGCAGCCGCUGGGUUUUUCUGCUACAAACAGCAUUCUAAGAGGAGGAAAACAGAAACAGAAAACUGCCCGAGCCGAUCAAAAACAGCUUCACCGUAUGCCGUGCAAGGACCGUACGCCUUUAGUGACAUUGCCAAACUGCCCCACACUGCUCCGGUCAGCAGCAUGCCGGCAGACAUGAUGACAAAGUACUUCUGCACUCCUUCCCAGGACUCUCAGUGUGACGAUUAUGAGAAUGUGACAUGCAUGGACAGAGAGAGUGGCUUUGUGACCAACGACAUCUAUGAGACCUGCAGAGCUCAGAACCGGCAGGCUGGUUGGGUGGAAAACGAGAUCUAUGGAUAACGCUGUUGAUGCUAAACUCAUCGCUGUGGGUGUCCGUCAGCUUUUAGCCAGAUAUUAAAUGUGAUGCAGCUAGACAGGGGAACACCAUGUUCUCCAUCCCUUUCUUCCUGCACACCCUAUUGGUUAAUGGUGUUGUGCAGAAUUUCUUAAUACAUGGCUGUGUCGGCA